AUGCAAAUAUCGGAAGCAGAAAAAAGUCCCGAAAAUCUCAAACAAGCAACUGAAAAGGGAAAAAAGAUAGUUAGAAAAUUCAAUGACAGAGAUUCUCUUUUAAAAAAAUUUAAAAGGCCAUGCAAUCACGAUGGUAACAGUUUUAGAUGUAACAGAAUUAAGCGAAGUGAUAUUAAAUUUAUCAAGAAUCAGCUCUAUGCUACUUCAAAUAAAUUAGAGCAGAACACAAUAUUGAGUUAUAUGAUUACUAUUGGUCCUAUCGAGAGAAAAAGGUCUGUUAAACCAAAUCCACGAGCAAGAAACUUUAGUACUAUGUUUCACAUGAAACCCGAACAUUCAAAAAGGCGCAAUCGAGUGUGUUUAAAGUUUUUUAGGGCAGCCUUGGGCAUCACGAAGGAUAGAGUCAAUCGUUUGUGUAAGAAAAUUGAGGCAUGUGUUUCCCUGAAAGAUAGGAGAGGUGGCGAUAAAGUAUCGUAUAAGUCCCACGAUAAGAAACAGAAAAUUAUUGAGUUUAUAGGUAACUUAAAAGGCCGAGAAAGUCAUUACAAUAGGUUAAAAUCUAAAAGAAUAUAUUUGGCCCCUGAACUGAGUAUCGCCAAGUUGCAUAAAAUGUACAACUCUCAAUGUAAUAAUCCUACUGACCAUUGCAGUCUUACAAUGUUUAAAGUUAUUUUUCGAACAAAAUUCAAUAUUGGAUUUUCUUCACCAGCAUCGGAUUUCUGUGCUUUUUGUACCAGAAUGAGACACAAAAUUAAAAUUGAGAAAGAUGCUAACAAAAAGAACGAUUUAAUGAUACAACUGCGUAUCCAUCAAAAAAGAGCCAACGCUUUUUAUAAACUGACCAAACAGACGCCCUUAGAAUCACUGUCCUUCUGUUUCGACAUGCAGCAAGUGCAGCCUCUACCAAAAACUCCAAUAAAUGAUGCAUUUUAUGCACAGCAAAUUAGUUUUUAUAUAUUUUUCUGUGUUGAUAUGAAAGCAAAAUAA